CACCACGUUUACAGAAGCCGGGCCCGUCACGCCAGGCCCCGGUCUCCGGCUCCGCAGCAGGCCGCUCGGGGCCUCCCCGCUUCCUCAGCACUGCACUGCGUCAUGACGUCACACGACAGACGGCUGAAAACUCACGGUACGUGUUGCUCCACCCCUAGCAACACACGUACGUCGAGGAAACCAGCGGGUUUGUUUUUGGGGUUUUUUUAUUCUAAAAAACAAAAUCAAUCUGUCUUUCUAACAGUCAGUAAAAUGUGGUUGCACAAAAUUAGAUGUGUAUUUCCACUUAGUUUGAUUCCACACAUAUGCGGCAUUGCCAGAAGUGAUGUAGCCAAACUAAAAAUGGCGUAUAGUAACGAAUCUUCCAGUUUAUUGACGUCACUUCCUGCCGGAUAAUGUUACAACUGCGGCGGUCUCUAAAAAAACGUCACUUCCGGCUGCGACAAUAAACUAAAAUUAUAACUGCGGCGGUCUCUUAAAAAAAACGACACUUCCGGCUGCGACAAUAGAGAGGAGGCCGCCAUCGUAACCAUGCCUAAGUGAGAUUUAGAUUUUUAUAUAAUAUGAUCGAAUAGAUUGUGUAUGAAUGAGUGUUUCUUUUUAUAUGUUGUUGGCAAUUGUAAGCGUAUUUAAAUUACAGUAUGUGGUGUAAGUUGUGCCGUUACUAGUGCUCGAUGCACGAAUAGUAAAGUAGAGAUGCUUUAAAAAUCCAAGUAUCUGAUCACUGUUUAAUUGUAUUGUCUCUGUUUGCAGGUUUUAUUGUGACUACUGUGACACCUACCUCACUCAUGAUUCCGUAAGUACCUGCCAAUCUUGUAUCCACAUCUAGUGCAAUGAAUGAAAGGACUUCUUUUCAAAUAGUUUUUAUUGAAAUUGUUUUUAUUUUUUUUUUGUGUAAGAUUACAACAAAUUAUAAAAACAUUGUAAUAAGGGUUGGGAAGGGGAGGAAAACUUGAAAGGAAUUAAUCACGUUCAGUUGCUGUAUAAAGGAGUAGUGCUUUUAUGAAGCGGUCAUAGUGUAUAGAUCAUGUCCCAUUCACUGCUCAAUUACCCGCUAUUUAGACAUUAGAUCACUUUUGUGUCUGUUUAUCCAGCCCUAGCCACACCUUCUAUGGCUUUGGCUUACACAGCCACCCUACAGACUAACUAGAAAAAGAGUUCAAAUGUUUUAAAUUGCUUCAUAGUCCAGUGAGUUCAGUUUUAGAAUGCCUUAUUUCUUGCUAUGUUCAUUUAUUGCCUGCUAGAGACUGAAACAACCUCCUGCGUGUGACUAACGUUAGCAGAGUAAGACUUAAGAAUAUCUAAAGUAAACACAUUGUGGUAAAAAUUAACCCUGUCACAGCCAUGGAAAGUGCGGCUGGUGCUGCAUAAACAAAGUGGUCUAAAUGAACACUCUAAUGUUUGCAAAACAAACUUAUAUUUCUAACCUCAGAGUGUUUUUCUAUCUUUUUAGGUAUGAGAGGUAAAAUACAGUAUUUUUUUUACUUGUUUGUGCUUUGCCUUGUUGGUCUCCAUCCAUGUGCAGCAUCAUCCCAGCUGAGAACAUGAUUGAAAAUGAUAUUGCUUCCCCAUAGAAUAAUAUUGUGGGGACUACUGCGCCAAUCCACAUCUCUUCCUAGAGAUAUAUUGGCUAAAUACAUCGCUAUGGGGAGCGUCUUUGUGUAUUAUUAUCGCCAUAUAUAUAGCGCCAACAGAUUCCGUAGCGUUUUACAAUAUUAUGAGAGCAGGGAUUUAGCAUAGGACAAUUACAAGAAAACUUACAGGAACGAUAGGUUGAAGAGGAGUCUGUUCAAACUGCCAGUGUGUGAAGACACCCAUACACCAGUCCUGCACAUAUUGACCGCACCAUGGAAUAAAUGACAACCACGAGAGGUGUUCCUAGGAUACAAUUUUAACGAGCAGACCACUUCACCUCAAUUAAAUGGUCUUGGUGCAGUGGUUCUGCCAUUUUAAUCAUGCCAUAUAAAAUACUGCAGCUAAUUAGAAUAUCAAUAUAUUAUGGAACCUUUGUUCAGCUGUUGGCAAUAAUAAAACACUGUUUUAUUGUGUAAACAUGGGCCUUGUUUUGUGAGCAUAGUAGUUUUUGGUAGGGAUCGACCGAUAUUGAUUUUUUUUUUUAGAGCCGAUACCGAUAAUCUGUCAAUUUUCAGGCCGAUAGCCGAUAACUUGCCGAUAUUCUGUGCGUUAACCAUUUUGAAAAAAUAAACUAUUUCUAAAGGUAAAUGCACAAAAUAUACAUGCCACAUGUGUAUUUGUGUAGUGUGUGUGUAUAUAAUGAAUGCAGUGACUGUGUAGUGUAUAGUAAUGCAGUGACUGUAGUGUGUGUGUGUAUAUGUAUAUAUGUAUGUGUGUGUGUGUAUGCAUGUAUGUGUGUAUAUAUAUAAUGAAUGCAGAGUGUGUAUAUAAUGCAGCGUGUGUAGUGUGUGCAUUAUAUACAGAGCGUGUAGUGUGUGUUCCUGAAGGGAUGUGAUUUGUGUAAAAUUGGGGGGGCAGUAGGGGGCAUUUUUUUAUUUUAAUAAAAUUUUUAAUAUCUAUAUAUGGUUUAUUUAUUUUUUUUGUCCCCCCUCCCUGCUUGAUACCUGGCCACGGGCUGAGUAGUGGGGGGGCCGGCAGCAAGCUGUGACUUGCCUUUCCUGCAGCUCCCUGUGUAAAUCUUGCAGUCUGUGUUCUGCAUGGAGCGUUGCCAUGGUAACCCGUGGCGACGCUCUGACGGCCGUGGGAGUUGCAAGAUUCACACUGGGGAGCUGCAAGAAAGGUAAGUCACAGCAUGCUGGGCCCCCCCAGGACCGCCGGGCUUGUAAUGAGCCCGACGGUCAUGGGAGGUAUUAUCGGCAAUAUCUGUAUCUUUAUUGGCCGAUACCGAUAUUGCCGAAUAUCGACGAUAAUCGGUCGAUCCCUAGUUUUUGGCCAGUUGCACAUACUGGUAUGUGAUGAGGAAAAUGGCUUCAUAUUACUUACCAUAUGUUCUUUUGGUCAUCAUCAUAAGCCAGGUCUCUCUAGGUAGUAGAUGCGGGUAUCUGUUGUUGAUGCCUGUGUUAACCUCUGUCAGUUAAGGUCAAAUUUUAAUGACCCAGAUCAGGCCUUGCAUGCUCUGUAUGUAACUUUUAGUAAAUUCUUUGAAAGAUAUACUUUUUCUUGUGGUGGGGGUAUUAUUUCUGGCCAAAUGAAGUGUCAAAAUAACCCUAAAUACUCUUGUAACCUUUUGUUUUGGUGGGUGAUGUCUGUUUUAUUCUUGCAACUUUUAAAGCUGGGAAAAAGUGUUGUGAUGUUUCCUUGUGUGUAUUUGGGGUAUAUUUGCAACCUUUCAAUCCACAUACAGCCAAGGAUCUCUGCUCUAGUUCAAAUUAUUGCAACGACUCUCAUUACUACUUUUCCCAUGUGUAUUUGCUGUUCAUUAUGCAUGUUGACUUCUUUUUAAUACAUUUCUUCUGUGGAUCUCCUUACCAGGAGAUUGGAUUUCGUGUCUUUAUCUUUUCGUGUGUUAUGUAUUGUUAUUCCGCCUAUGUCUCAGUAACUUAUGGAGCUGUGAGACCCUUUUUACGCUUGUUGGGUUUUUAUGCCGUGAAUGCGGGACGCCGAUCUCUCGAUCUGGAGCUGUUGUUGGUGCUCUCCCACUCCUCUGAACCAGUGGGGGUCAUCCCGGUCUCCCUGGCAACUCUCAAUCUUCUGUUGAUUUAUAUUUUGUUAGCCCUAUAUGUAGUAGCUACAUAUGUCAUGUAUUACUGGUGGAUACAUAUCAGAGUCAUACGUCGUUUAUUUGGUAAAAUGUAUUGGUUAUGAAUAGCAAUGUAGACUUAAGAUGUAACACAAAAGCAUUAUUAUCUAAAGCUACUAACUAUUGUGCUUGUUAUUUUGAAUGUUUUAUUAUAUUGCAUACAAUCACCUUUUAACAUGCCUGAUGCUCCUACACAAUGAGUGAUUGCUAAUAUCUUACCUGAUAGUCUAAUAUUACUACCUUUUGGUUUUCUGCUACUGUAUUUUCUCAUUUUAUUUUCAUUACUUUAAAAUGAGCUAUUAAUGACUAUAAUGUAAACAAAUGUGACAAGCUUGGAAACACAUGUAAACCAUUGUUAUCGAUUUAUCUAAAUGCUUGUGAUAUACUUCACAUAUAUACUUCAAAUUAAAAAAGCCCCCAAAAAACUAUAUUUCUAAAUGUAUUGAUGUAUUUUUCCUGACAUAUGCUGGCAGCAUCUGAAAUUAAAAUUAACAUAAAAAGUUCCUACCCCCAACAGGUAUAAGACACCAAUCUGCCAUGGAACCUCAGUUCUCUUUCUUGUUCCAUUGGGAACGGACGGUAUCUGGAGUAUUUCGGUGAGGCACAUGGGUUGUUGCCAGGGGGAUCCGGCCUGAUAGCUUACCGGGUGGAGAGCUGAGUGGCCUGUCUUCAACCUGCAGAAUUACAGAGCAGGUAUGAGCGUCUUGCUUUAUGCCGGUUGCGGUCACCAGCAAAGCAAGUAGAAGGUCUCUAGCAGCAGCAAAUCACUGCCCGAGCAAGACGCAUGCAUGGGAGGUGAUGCGUUCCACCAAAUGUCAGAAACCAAGAAGGCCCCUUCUUCAGGACAGGAAGCAUUCAUGGAAGCCCAGAUACAAAAACUUCCAGAACAAUAGCCACAGGAGAUAUCAAGAAAAACCCAGGUUUUUUUGUCAACAGAGAAAAGAUCCAAGGUUUGAUGCACAUAAAAACUGACAGCAAAAAGAUUCUGACGCCAUACGAGUGGGCAGACAGAUACAACAAUUUGUUCACAGAUGGAGAAAGACCACUGCAAAUCCGUGGAUUUUGAAUCUGGUUGCAAGAGGAUACAAAAUAAAAUUCUUAAAUGUACCAAGACCAGAUUUCCUUAUAUCCUUCUACCGUUCAAAGCUUUAAAAAAAAAAAAGCUCUCUUUUUGGCUACGGUUACACUAUUUAAGAAAGGUGUUCUCGAAAGAGUUCCAAGAGCCCAGCAAUAUCAGGGUGUCUACUCUCGGUUGUUCCUGGUCCUAAAACCAGAUAUGUCCUUUCGUUCCAUUCUGGAUCUGAAAGGAUUAAACAAGAUUCCAUAUCAACAUUUCAGAAUGGAAACCAUCGCUUCUGUCACACAUACCCUUCAAAAAGGAGACUUUAUGGCAACAUUUGGAUUUGAAGAAUGCCUACCUACACAUACCUAGGGAUGUAGGCUCAUGAACAUACCUGCUAUUUGCCAUAGGAAAGGGUUACAAAGUUAAUCACUUUCAAUUCAAAGCCCUUCCAUUCAUUUUUUUCCUCAGCACCAAGGAUAUUUGCAAAGGUUCUAAAGCCUAUCACAGCACUCUUAAUGGAAUAAGGAGUUAGUUAUUCCCUGCUUAGACUGGUUCAUCAAGGCAAAGUCAAACGCUCCAUUAACAGAUGUGGCUUCAAAAUCCUAGAAGAACAUGGUUGGGUGAUAAACCUAGAAAAAUCAAAUCUGCAUCCUACAAAGUCCAUUCAGUUUCUAGUUUUUUUUGUUGUUUGUUUUUUAAAUCCACCUGACUGCGGUGAAAAGAAGAAAGAUAAGGAAUUUCAUAAGAGAACUUCAGAGAGGACCAAAAGGAUCUAUAAGAAAAGCUAUGCAGGUGUUGGGACUCCUCACUUCCACUAUCCCAACAGUGAAAUGGGCCAGGGUAGAAGCAAGGCCUUUGCUGUCGGAGAUGUUUACAAAGUGGUCCAAGAAAGAAGACUUGGAUACCUUGAUAAAGAUUUCAGACUGUAAAAAGACAACUGAAUUGGUGGGAAAAGGCCAGUUUCCUUUUAGAAGAUCUAUCAUUUCAACCAAAAGAUUGGGUCAUAAUCACCACAGACGCUUUAAAUUCAGGUAGGGGAGCUCACCUGCAGUGUCAUAUGAGGCAAAGGACAUGGUUCGCAGAAGAAAAAAGGGAGUCCUCAAAUUACAAAGAGUUAAUAACAGUUUUGUAUGCUCUUCAUCAGUUCAAACUUCUCAUAUUGGGGAAAGCGGUGAAAAUUCAGUCAGACAACCAGACUACAGUUGCCUACCUGAACAAACAAAGAGGUACAAGGAUAAGAAAGUUGCACAUCCUUUGCACACAAAUUAUGUCCUGGGCUCAAAGUCAUCUAGAAGACCUAUCUGCUACUCAUAUAAGAGGGAUAGACAACAUCAUUGCAGACGACUUAAGCAGAUCGAGGUGGUCGCAGAAUGAAUGGUCUCCGAAUCCGGUCAUCUUUUAUCAGCUGAUGAAAAUAUUCGGUCAACCUGUAAUAGAUCUCAUGGAGACAAGGUCAAACGCAAAGGUCCAAGCAUUUGCCUCCCUCUUCAAGGUGUUACAAGCGGUGGUUGUAUAAAUCCUACCCAUAGUUCUGUGAUCUCGAUAUAUCCCUAUUGUACUGCCACCAUAUGUCAGGAAAAACUGUAAUUUUACUUACCGUAAAUUUCUUUUUCCUCAAUAUGGUGGCAGUACAACACUCUCCCCCCCAACCCUCCCCCUGCCUUUACUAAUAAAUUUGAUAUUUUCGCAGUAUUAAGUCUCUGGUGUUUUAUUGUGACGUACUGAGAUUCCAUGGCAGGUUGUACUGACACCAUAUUAAGGAAAAAGGAAUUUACAGUAAGUAAAAUUGCAGUCUUUCCACUUGCGGGUUGUAUUGGGGGGGGAGAGGGGAUUCCUGUUUGAGUUCUUUCUUGUUUCGAGGAUUUCUUUCAUGCACCCUCAUUCUGUGUUUAACUGCUCGUAAAUGGUUUAACAUUGAAUGGAGGGACAAUGCCAAAAUAAUCCAUGGUUAUAGUGUUUGCUGUGUCAUUGUAACUUCAUAGUACAGAUUAUUUUAGUAGAAACAGAUUUCAGGCUUCUUUAGCACUUCAGUAAUGUCUGCUCUGAGAUAUCAAGUGUCAGUUCCAAUAGAUAUUGGGUGCAAUGCUGCACUCUCCUAACUGUCAUUCAGGAUGCUCUUCCUGAUUGAAUUGUGUCUCAGCACAAACCAGAAGGCAAUGUUUAUUAUAGAGAAGCAUUGACUGUAUGUUUCCAUCUGUCAAGCGUUGUAUGCACAGCGUGGUGAAAAUGCACCAUGUCUUCCACAGCUUCUAUCUCCGUCUUCUUCACUCUUUCACACCUGGUUAGUGCAGACUUUUUCCACUGUUAGCAGAUCCAGAUAUGUGUUGUAUCAGAUUUCUAUUUGUUGUCUUGAGAGCUUAAAUGGGCUGGUGUGCCAACAUGGAGGUGGAAACCAUAUAUCACUAUGAAAUCCAUCUGCUUCACAAUAGGCAAUUCUAUGAAAUGGACCAGCUCAAAUUAAUUCACCCCUGGAGUAGCUGGUUUGUCUGUUUACACAGUAAUCCUAGUGUGCAACAGUUUGCACACUACAAUAACGGACGAAUACCAUGUUUUAUGAAAAUUGUACUUUGAUUACUUGCAAGUCAUGACAAGUUCACUUUAAAGGUACUCUCAAAGGGCCACUAUAGUGCCAGGAAAACAUACUCGUUUUCCUGGCAUUAUAGUGCUCUGAGGGUGCCCCCACCCUCAGGGACCCCCUCCCGCCUGGCUCUGGGGAGAGGAAUGGGUUAAAAUCUUACCUUUCUCCAGCGCCGGGCGGGGAGCUCUCCGCCUCCGAUCCUCCCCUUCAGCUGAAUGCUUUCCUAUGGACGCUUGCAUGUUCUCACUGUGAGAAUCAUGCAAGCGCCUCUAGCGGGUGUCUGACAGCCGCUAGAGGAUUUGGAGGAUUGAUUAACCCUAUUAUAAACAUAGCAGUUUCUCUGAAACUGCUAUGUUUAUCAAAAAAGGGUUAAUCCUAGAGGGACCUGCCACCCAGACCACAUCUUUAAGCUGAAGUGGUCCUUUAAAUAUCAUAGGCAGUACAUAGGCUAUGGUGUCCACAUGCUCCUUGCAUUUUCCCCUGGUUAUGUGAAACUAUUGAUUUGACUGAAUCCAAAUGGCUUUAAUUACUUUAAAUGCAGAAGUUACACUUCAUUAUAAAUGGUACCAAUCGUGUCUCUAUUUGGAUGUCAUUGACUGCUUAAUCUCAUCCGCUGAAACUCAAGCCAAUGAACACUGUCAAUUGGUUGCUUUUAGGAGCUGUUGAGUUACUACUCUCCAGCAUUGCCAUUAUCACAGGUGUUAAACCCGUAUAUUAUUGUCAUGGGUUGCAGGGUCUCUUAGUGUCCCUUGGUUGCUGCUUCUCUAAUCCUUCCGCUGGUCCUGGAUACAGCUACAUCAUACAGGGAUUCUAGCCCUCUGAAACAUUGUAAAAAUUGCCCAAUAUAGUGGACAAGACAAGUCAUAUUGGGUAAAACAAUAUAAUUAUUACUGUUAUUCCUGUUGUGUAGCGCUUCCCCAAUAUAAUGGACACAACCAGUCGUAUUAGGUAAAAGAAGCAAACUGACUUUAUUAGGCCACUUGGUUUGUUAUGCAGUGCCCCUAGCACGGGGUUACUAAUACAAAAUCACAGGAGUUUCCUUUCCACAAGCCAUUGUGUUUGAAAGAUAAUUGAGCUCAAAUUAAGCUAAUCCAAUUCUCUUAAAUAUGUAAAAAUUGUAUGUAAGUUUUCUUAUCACAAAAUGUAUGACAACCGCAUUGGAACCCCACAAAAAAUAUAUUCCCGAAUAGCCCCGAUCUGAGCACACAACUUAUCCAAAAAGCGCCUGGAUAGGUAAAACUAAAGUUAUGUUUGUGCCUGGUAGAGGUGGUAUUGUCAAUUUCCAAAGGGGUUAAUUUGAUUGUAUGGGAUGUCAGGGCUUACAACGUAAAUUCCUCUUUGAAGCUGGGACCGCCAGCAGAGCUACUCUGUAAGGCGUGAGAAGUCACACACAAGUGGCCUGGGAGUCUGGUUUCAGCACAAACUGCACAACAGCUUUUACAUAAUACAAUUAACACAAUAGCUUUCAUCCAGCUCAAUAUUUUACAUAAUAACAACAUUAACACAGUGUAACCCCAUAUCAUAUAUAUCAUUUUAAAGUCUGUGGGCAGGAGGCUAGCUGUUAUGCCUGUCCAGUAGGCUGUGGCACGGGCGCUUCCAUGACAAUUAUAUUAUUGUGUACUGUAUUAUGUAAACACAAAAAUCUGACCAGUCUGUUUUAUCUUGAAAGUAAUUUUGCUCAAGUAAAUCAUUUUUGUCUUCUAGCCUUCAGUUCGCAAGACUCACUGCAGUGGAAGGAAGCACAAGGAGAAUGUGAAAGAUUACUAUCAGAAAUGGAUGGAAGAGCAGGCACAAAGCCUGAUUGACAAAACCAGUGAGUGGGAGAAGCACCAUAUUAAUUUAUGGAUGAGACAUACUAACUGAUGAUCCUUUUGUUAAACUCACAGAUGUAUAUGAAAUAUAAUCUAUUGCGAGUGUUAAAGCUAAUGAGGGAAACAUAACAAAUUGAUUUUUUUGUUUUAUUACUUUGGUUUUUGGUUAUGGUAUAUAACUAUUCUAAAUGCUCCUUUCACUUGCCACGCUUCACCAAUUUGGAUUCAGAACCAAGCAUACUUAUUUUGGCUUUGCUUAAGAGUUCACGCAAUAAACUUGUGAUUUGAGAGAAUGGAUAUUCUGCUUUAAUCCUUUCUGAACACCAGCUAAAUGUAAAUUUUCAUUGCCAAAUUCCUGCCUUCACCUUUAUCUUUGUAGUGAACAACAGCACUGAAGCAGAGUGUCUGUUGUCAUUGCCCUGCCCCUCCCUUAUGUUACAACUCUUUCUUUUAGACAACUUCUACUUUAUGGGGUUAUUGUGCCUAUAAUUUGGAGGCAUUUUUAGGCAUUCAGCUUUCCAAAAAAAUACUAUCCAAUUUACGUUUAGAUAUUUGAAAUCAGGUUAGUUAACAGCUUUUACUUAGACCCGCUCUAAAAUAUUGCAAAAUAUAUUUUGUCUUCCUCCUUUAAUGUAUGGAUAGCAAAUUCAUGCAAUUUCUUAUUACAGCGGCUGCAUUUCAACAAGGAAAGAUACCACCAACGCCUUUUGCUGCUCCACCAGCUGGAGGUACUAUGCUUCCGCCACCACCUAGUCUAGGUAUGUAUAAUUGCUGCUAAGAAAAAUUUAAAACUGUUUUAUAUAUGCUUAGCCACAGAAUAACAGAGGAGAAAUAGAGUUGGAUUACAAUGCAGAAGAAUUUUGGUUUUAUAGGCAUCUGUAGUAAUUACCUGAGAUUUGGCAGCACUAGGUAUAAUUGUGGAAUGGCUCACAUGAAAAACAUAUGAUAUAGAAUCAGAAAGUUAUUAUUCCCAGAAUAUGAGGACUAGAGGCUUGGCAACAACCAAAAAUAAAUAAUGGUGUCUUGUGACAUGCAGUGAGCAACCAAAAAAAAUAUCCUAAUAAAGCCAAGAUGUAAAUUCAGUCCAGUUAAAUGAUUUAGUAACAUUGAGAGAUUAAUGCAUUUUGGUUUAUUUAUUUAAAAAAAAACAAAACAAAAAAAAAAAAACUGUUUCCAUGUGACUUUAUGCAUAGGUGGACCACCUCGUCCUGGAAUGAUGGCAGCACCACCCAUGGCUGGCCCCCCUAUGAUGCCAAUGAUGGGGCCACCUCCUCCUGGAAUGAUGCCAGUCGGGCAUGGUAAGAUUUUGUUUGUUUCUUGUAUGUAGAUGUUUUCACAAGUAAUAAAUUCAUCAGUGGCAAAGCUGAUGUCCUCACAAUCACUAACAUGACAAAAAAUGAACACUAUGGCAGCAUUCCCUGUACUAUUUGCUACAAAUGCCGUAAUAUAACAAAGUAUACACUACUUAAAGGACCACUAUAGUGCCAGGAAAACAUACUAGUUUUCCUGGCACUAUAGUGCCCUGAGGGUCCCCCUCCCGCCGGGCUUCAUAAUGCUUUCCUAUGGACACUUGCGUCUUCUCACUGUGAUUUUCACAGUGAGAAGCAUGCAAACUCCUCUAGCGGCUGUCAAUGAGACAGCCACUAGAGGCUUUAGAGGCUGGUUUAACCUAUUUAUAAACAUAGCAGUUUUUCUGAAACUGCUAUGUUUGUUUAAAAAAAAAAAAAAAAGGGGGUUAUCCCUAGCUGGACCAGGCACCCAGACCAUGUCAUUAAGCUGAAGUGGUCUGGGUGCCUAGAGUGGUACUUUAAUCUAGCAGCUCUUUCACCCCUCACAGGAAAAGGACAAUGGCAUCUGUGUAAACCCUGUUACAACCUUAAUUGACACACUGAUUUUUGUUUUCUGGCUUCUUAUGUGUUGAAACACUAUAAUUAUAAAACUGCCUUCUUUUACUUUAAUAUCGACAUACCUGGGUGUAAGAGGACUAUUAAACAGUAUAUCUAACCUCUUCACCUAGACAAUGCUUGUUUCCUCUUCAAGCCCUGAUGACAAACCUUUUCACUCAUUUCUUAAUCAUGUGAAGGAAGAAUCCUUUUGACAUACUAGAGCCAGAAAACUCAUAAGUAUGCGAAGUUUAAAAAAAAAAAAAAAACUUUCUAUGCAACAAAUCACCAACUAACUUAGUCGAUAAAUAGUGAAAUAACUAAGAAACUGCUCAUUUUAGACCCAGUUGGCCAAGCAGAGAAUGUUUUUAUUUAUUUUUUUUUUUUUUUAUUUUUUUUUUUUUAAAUCAAUUUUGCUAUUUUUGCUCAAAAUGUCUCAUAGUGUAGUCAAUACACCUUUUUAAUUGCUUUAUUCUUUUUGUUUUUGUGUUUUAAAUGAAAACUUUAAGUACCAUAACCACUAGGAGUGCUAUGGCACCAUCCCACGAUAUAUAGUCCGUUUUUAGUACUAUUUGGCAACUUGCCUGGUAGCCUGAGUGCUAGCACCAUCUUGGCUGCAGAAGAAGCAAGGUUUCUCUAUAUAAUGGAACACAUGCAAGAUUGAACUCAUUGGCUUAGAGCAUUCAGUUUACACUCUGUCAUAAGUGUGGCCCUGUUUAGUUUUGUAGAGCUAAGUGGAUUCUUCUGGAAGAGAUUCGGCAGCAAGGAUUGCAGGUGCCCAGUAGAACACUAGUUGUGGGACCAAAACUGUUUGACUCCUGCACCAGAACAUGCCCUUAGAAUGAUCAUUUAAGUGUUAGAUAGUAUAGGGCUGUGUUGUACCAUAAGCCCAGUCUGCACAAAUAUAUUUGAGGCCCUUAACUCUAAUUAAUAAAUAUGUAUGUAUAAACUAGCAUAAGCUAUGAGUAGGUCAUUCCAACUAUUUACAUGUUAUAUAAACUCUUGGUUUAUUGUGAACCGUCUGAUCAUUGAUAUUCAAAAUAAAGAUUGUACAGUUUUCCAAUUUUUCUUGAAUGUUAGUCUCCCCUUUUAAACCCUUUAGGAAGCAUGACUUAUUUAUUCAGUCAUGGAUGUCCUUGCCUUAAGUACACAUAGAAUAAUUCUGUAAUUUUGUGGCUCCAGACUGACCAUUGAGCUGUAUGCAGUGCUCAAAGUGGGUGCUGUGUAAAGCUCUUUACAUUACUGUGGCUGACCGUGUGUGUUAAGCCAGAGAUUAAUGAUAGAGGGACACGCCAAACAGAUUAUUGACAAGAAGUUGUCAGAGAGUGUUCAUUGUGAUAAUAUUCACUCUCCCCAACCAUAUGAAAUGGUGUUUGUUCCAUCUGCCAAGGUUUUUCCAGAUAUCCGACAAUAAUGGAAUAAUAGUUCUGAGACGUUUUGGGUGAUGUUGAUGCCCAAGGGAAACUAUACUGCCCAAAUACAAAAUAAUCACAGUUUAGUAGAUAUUUCCCAAAUGAACUUGCCUGCAUUUAAUUAUUUUUAUUUUUUCCCAUUGGAUAUAUAUCUAAAAUCAGCUUGCAAAAACUGUGGAUCUGUUGUCUGUUGCCUUUGCAAUCUUUCUUUCUAACCCUGCCCAGACUUUCUGUGGCCAUCCAGUCACAGACUUCCUAAUACAGUUCAAUGGGAAGUCUUUGUAAGUCAGGUGAUCUGGGCAAUUGCGGCCUCCUGAGGUCAGCUGCAUUGAGCUAAUGAAACCAGGAAGUAACGUUACCUGCUGUCGGCUUGAAAGCCAAGGGGUUAAUUUAUAAACGUGUAAAUUUCUUUUGAAAUCUGCACUUUUUGCUAAAUUAAAAAAGGAGACACAUUCUUCACACACAGUGUUUCAGCACGCUAAAAUUGUUUAGGAGUCUGGAGUGACCAUUUUUUGCUACGAGUUGCCCACCUAAACUGGAAUUUGUUUCUCAGCGGUAGCAAUGUGGGGAAGGACUAUUUCCAUUUAAGAAUUUCACUUUUCUAUUAAUUGAUUUUAAAGUUAGACAUAACACUGUAAUUUUUCAAGUUCUUCCAAUAGUAGGGAUAGGGUUUUACCUGAAUCUGUGAAAGUGAACAAUAGGUAAUCUGCAAAUGUGGACACCUUAUACGUGUGUUUUAGUUUGGAGGCCUGCGGGUGUUUUCUGAUUGCCUGUAGUAAUGGUUCUAAGAAUAUGAUAGAGUAAUAGGGGGAGAGAGGGCAUCCUUGCCGUGUCCCUUUACGUAUUAUAGGACCACUAUAGUGCCAGGAAAACAAAAUAGUUUUCCUGGCACUAUAUAGGGUCUUUUAGGUCCCACUCCCGCUGGGCUGAAGGGGUUAAAACCUCCCUCUGCCGCGCGCAUUCAAACUGCCCAUAGGAAAGCCUUUCUCAAUGCUUUCCUAUGGACAUCCAGCGUCUUCUCACUGUGAUUAUCACAGUGAGAAGCGCCUCUAGCGGCAGUCAGUGAGACAGCCACUAAAGGCUGGCUUAACCCUCAGUGAAACAUAGCAAUAUACCUGAAACUGCUAUGUUUUCAGCUGCAGGGUUAGCACUAGAGGGACCUGGCACCCAGACCACUUCAUUGAGCUUUAAAGGUUUAGAGAGUUUACCAUUUACUUUUAAUCUGACUGAGGGGUUUGAAUAUAUAGUUAAAUCCAUGUGGUCCAUCUAUGGCCAAAUCCUAGAAUAGUAAAUGUUGACCUAAGGAAGGACCAAUCCACCUUGUCAAAUGCCUUUUUGCCAUCUAUUGAGAGCAUGAUCAAGUGGGGUAUUAGCACAUUUUGCUUUGUGGAUCAAGUUAAGUCAAGUUAGUGGUGUCUUUUGUUGUGAUAAACCCAGCUAAGUAAGGGUGAAUUUGGUCCCCCAGCAGCGAAGUCUAACCACUAGCAUUUUGGUUAAAAGUUUAAUAUUGACAUUGAUGAGAGAGAUUGGCCUAUAGCUGCCAAAAGAUUCUGUUUUUUUCCUUGGUUUCUGUAUAAGCGUUCUUAUGGCUUUUUUAGGCUAGAGGUGGGAAGUUGGUGAGUUAAGGAAAGUGGGGUGACUGCUUUAAAAAAAAAAAAAUGAUCAUGGAUUUGUAAUAGACGUUGGAGUAAUAGUCUGGUCCUGGAUUUUUGUCCUUUGGGAGUGAACAGUAUUGGGUUUAUUCAUUGUCCAUAAAUGGCUCAUCUAAAGAACGAGCUACAGCCACGGUUCGUAUCGUGUCAAAUUUACAAGCUAAGUCAUUUAAUUUAUCUUGGGUAGUAACUGUAUUUGAAUUUUGGUUAUAUAAAGAUUUGUAGAAGGAUCGGAAUGCUUCUGCAAUAUCUUCAGUGGCAUGCACCAACUUGUUUUGAUUAGUCCUAAUUUUGGGAAUGUAGGUUGGUUGUUGUUUUUAGUGCUCUGGCUAGCAUUUUCCCACAUUUAUUGCCCUGUGAGAAGAAUUUUUGUUUGGUCCAAAGUAUAUUUUUGGGCGGGGUGGGGGGGCUCUAUAAUUUUAGUAAAUUUUACGGUCAGAGCGCCAGGAGAGUAAUGUUUAAUACUCAAGCGUCUAAUAGGGAAGAUUUGUGUUUGCCUCUAGUCUGAUUUGAUAAAGUAAUUUUCUACACGCUCUAUAUUUUUCCCUGGUGAGAGCCCCAUUUUAUAAGUUUACCCCUUGAGACGUGUGUGCGCCUCCUGUUGUACAUAAGGGUAAGUGUAAGGUGUGCCAUUGUCAUGAAAAUAUUGCUGGAUAUGUUGGGAGAUGGAUUGUUUAACUGUGUCGUUUUCUAUAAUAUGGGGGUUUAACCUCCAAUGGGUUUGCCUUCUAGGGUUGGUAGGAAUUAUUUAAUGGAGAUCAGAGCAUGAUCCGACCAUGUGAAGUUACCAAUGGUUGCUGAUUGGAGUAAGUUGAGAGAGUGAUGAGCCAGCAACAUCAGGUCUAUCCUAGUGUAAGUGUUAGUAAGUUUAGAGAAAAGUAUAGUAUUUUGCUGAUGGGUUAAGGACUCUCCAGCAAUCGAUCAGUUGGUUUUGAGUGAGUACGUUAUGCAUCUGUGUUUUUGCUGCAGGCAGGUACUUGAGAUUUAAAAGAACACUAUAGUUGCCUAAACAACUUAGCUUAGUGAAGCAGUUUUAGUGUAUAGAUCAAGUCUCUCAGGUUUUACUGCUAAAUUCACUGCCAUUUAGGAGGUAAAUCAUUGUUUCUCUUUAUGCAGCCCCUUGCCACACCUCCCCUGGCUAUGAUUGACACAGACUGCAUGGGGGGGAAAAAAACUGGUUUCACUUUCAAUCAGAUGUAAUUUACUUAAGCAAAAGGAUAAACUUUCUCUUUACACGAAGUGUUUAGGAAGGCUGUGCAAGUCACACGCAGGGAGAUGUGACUAGGGUUCAUAAACAAAGGGAUUUAACUCCUAAAUGGCAGAGAAUUGAGCAGUGAGACUGCAUGGGGCAUGUUCUAUACACCAUAACUGCUUCAUUAAGCUAAUGUUAUUUUGGUGACUAUAGUGUUCCUUUAAGGCUGUGCUAUCUUUUUUCCCCCCAAGUCUAGUGAAAGAUUGAGGUCACCUCCAAUGAUCAAUUCUCCCUCAGUGUUUUUUUUUUUUUAUAUAUAUAAAUACGCCUAAAAGAGCCACUUUGGGGUCUAUUGGGUCGCUCCCAAUUGACCAGGGUAAUUUGCCUUGAACCCAUGAGACCAGUUAAAAUCCUAAAUCGACUAUAUUUGUCUGUAUUUAUUUUUAUAUGUAAAGGGUACAUUUGUCCAAAUAAGAAUAGCCACACUUCCCUUAAUUUGCUGGCAAAGUAGUUGUUGUAGUAGAUGGUAGGGAAUUUUUUACGGUAACGUUUUGGAGCUGAGGGUCUCUGGAAGUGAGUCUCCUGCUGGAAUAUGUCUGCCCCAGACUUAUAAAUGUCCUUCAUAACCAUCACCCUCUUUUCUGGUAGGUUGAGCUCCCUGAUAUUGUAGGAAAGAAUAGUAAUUGUCUCCAUUUAUGCCUAGUAUUUUGUGACUUGUACCUACCUAAAAUAAAGUGAAAUCUUAGACUUAUAACGUACUUUGUAGAUCAGCAUAAACCAAUUUAUUUUGAAUUCCUUCUCAUAAGCUGAACUUGUUACGCACACAUUAUUAUUGCCAAGACUGAAAAAAUGUUGAGUUUUUUGCAUUUGUGUACAUUUUUGUAUUAAAAAGUUAUAUAUGUGUAUUUUACAUCAAAUUAAAGCCCUUUGUCUUUUUUAUUGGAUAAAAUCUAUAGCUCUAAUUCAAGGUUUUGUUUUUGUUUAGAACGUGUACAAUCACCUGCAUUCUUAAGGGAUUAAGUACCUACACAAAUGCUUACUGUAAGGGUUGUCAAAACUGCCAAAACCUUAUAAGUGAUGCAUUCAAUUUUGACAUAUGAUCUCCAGGGACAAGACUGACCACAUAAUGUAGCAUUUAUUUAUUGACACUUUUUGGUAACCUUCUCUGUUUUUUUAAAAGCUUUGUCUUCUAUUCUUAUUGCCUCCUCAGGUCCUGGAAUGAGACCCCCAAUGGGAGCUCACAUGCCUAUGAUGCCUGGACCCCCUAUGAUGCGGCCUCCUUCUCGUCCCAUGAUGCUCCAGUCUAGGCCUGGCAUGGCACGUCCUGAUCGAUAGUUGGUUAUUCCCGGCAUUCAGUCUCAAAUGUCUAAUUUUUACUUGACCCUGAGGAGUUAAUGCACAUAAAAAUAUAAACCUUUUGAUUAGGAAUAAUUAAGCCGUUUCUGUGAAAUUGUUUAGUUAUCUUGCCAAAUAGGUUUCAUAUUUGCUUUUGCUCAACUUUUCACUGUGGAUUAUUUGACUUCCUCAUACUCUAUUUUCAGCCAUUUUUGUUAAUUUCGGUCAAGUUUAUUCACUAAAGUGUGAAUUGUUUGAAAUUCAAAGGGGCUAUUUUGGCAUAAUUCUCUAUGAAUGCCUCAUGAUAUGCACUUUUGUGAAUAAACUUGUCCGUGUGGAAAUUUAUCCUUUGUGAUGUAUGGAACAUCAUGAGCAAUGCAGUCUCUCUAUUAUUCGUUGGGAAUUGGCAUCUUAAAUCCUGUGGGGGGUAUUCACUAAAAUGAGAAUUUAAAAUUUAAGGCCAAAGUAGCCAAAUUGAAAGUAUAGCUGACCAGUUUGGCUAUUUUUACCUUGACUUUGAAAUUGAGUUCUCCCUGCUUAGUAAAUAACCCUGCUAGACUUGACUCUAUAGCAUGGGUGAAACCGGAGCAUGUAAGAAAAAAUACCUUCAGAUCAAACCAUACAUAAAACAUGGCAAAAAUUAUUUUGGUUUAUGGUUAACCUUAUGUCUUUUUAAAGUGCUCUGUUUUCCAGUCAUAUAUUUUUGAUUUGUGUUAAUCAACCUGUGAAAGGAUUUUGGUUUUUAUAUUAAAGCCUUUUGGUUUUUGUUACAAAGCAGAUCUGUAUUUUAGUGAUGUCACUGUUACUUGUCACAGUAUUCUUUGUUUUGAACACUCUGCUUUUGUAGGCAUUUUUACAAAAAUGAGGGGUAAGUUAAUAAAUGGGUAAAAGCAAAUGACUGUGUGAUACAUCAUAAUGAACCUUGGUUUACCCCAAAAAAAUUUACAUUGAUUCAUACUUGCCAUAAUUUUAUUUUCCUGAAUGUAAACAUGGCAGCAUCACAAUCGGUAUAUAGCAUAGCUAACUCGAAUGGGAGGGAAUGAAAGGAUAGAAUACAUAAAUUACCGCAGAAAUUAAAAAUGUGUUACAUUAAAUUACUUAAAAACCGCCUCGAUCACAUUGUGACCAAACCCUGAG